AUGAAAUGUCAUGCAAUUGAAUCAAUCACAAUUAUCUUGUUUUCUAUAAUUGCUGGGUGGUCCUUGCCGCAUCUGAAUAUUUUUAAAGCCUGGCUGCCUGCAAGGUGUAGGUGUCACCAGUUCUUUUCUGUUCCUUCAGGUUCAUAUAUCGACAAGAAAUGUCCCUUCACAGGCGAUGUGUCCAUCAGAGGCCGUAUUCUUGCUGGUACAUGCCACAGUGCCAAGAUGAUGAGAACAAUCAUCGUUCGUCGUAACUACUUGCAUUGGGUUAAGAAGUACCAGAGAUAUGAAAAGAGGCAUUCAAACAUUCCAGCACACAUAUCGCCAUGCUUCCGUGUGAGAGAGGGCGACCACGUUAUUAUUGGCCAGUGCAGGCCUUUAUCAAAAACGGUUAGAUUCAAUGUUCUGAAGGUGAUACCAGCUGGUUCGUCUGGUCUCGGCAAGAAGGCAUUUACAGGGAUGUGAGUUUGGUGAUUUGAAUUUUGUCUCUUAAGACUGUUUUACUUCUUUGAGUUGUUCGAUUGUCACUACUGAGGUUUUGAAUUUUCUAAGUUGCCAAUUUAUAUAUUCUCUAGUUGUCAGUUUUUAGAAUUGAAUCUCUGUAAGUUGGAUUUUUUUCUAUUCUGUGCUGCCUCUUAUAUAUUGUGGUUUUACGUGGA